AUGGUGGUUCUCUCUGUUUCCGACCUGGAAUUGGCUGGAUACCAACCUCGGAUUCCACCAGAACUCUCCUUGAUGACAGGAUUGAAGGAGAUUCACAUAUUUUUCAAUGACAUCUCAACCUCCGUUCAAGCCAUGAUACCCUCUCAGCUCUAUAUGGGAAUGCCACAGCUUCGUACAUUAAACUUCAUGUUUAAUUCGCUUUCUGGAAGUAUCCCCACUGACAUCGGUUUGGUUUCGGACCUCAUGUGGUUAAAUUGGGACUUCAACUUGUUUCUCACUGGCACGCUGCCAUCAGAGCUUGCACUCCUGACAAAGCUAACUCGCCUAUCUCUACCAGUCAACUCAUUGUCCUCAACCAUUCCUUCAGAACUAGGUAGUCUGGCUUCUCUUGUUACCCUGAAUCUGGAACAUCUAUCCCUCACUGGGGCAAUACCAAGAGAGACUGGGAUGCUUUCCAACCUUGAAGGGCUGAGCUUGAACAAUAAUGCCUUGUCUGGAAAUCUUCCCAGCCACCUGGGCUUGCUAACUGGCCUGCAACGGCUGGAUUGUGCGCACAACUUAUUGUCAUCCACCAUUCCAUCCGAUAUUGCAGGUUUGAGUCAGCUUGAAAUGAUGGAUCUCAGUGACAAUGCACUAUCCUCGCUGCUGCUGGGACACCUAGGAAUGCUGGAUAACCUCCAAGAAUUGGACUUGGGUUCCAAUCAGUUUUGGGGGGUUGUGCCAUCGGAAUGGGGCAGUAUGACAGGCUUGAGAGUCCUGGAUCUUUCAAACCUACCCUCGCUCAGUGGCACACUUCCGAUAGAGCUCAGCUGGUUGGCGUCCAUGUACAACCUUUCUCGGCUGAAUCUUGGUGGCAGCAGCAACUUGCAAGGAGUGCUUUCUGAAGACCUUUGUGAUCUAUUGGGUGAAUCCUGCAACUACACGUUUUCUGGCAGUUGGUACGCGGAAAAAUUCGAGGAUUGUUCCCUCGAGUUCGAUUGCACAGAAAAGUUGUGCGGGUGUGGCUGCAACUGCACUGAUUCCGCGUAG